CAAGGUUGCCUUUUGCUGUAUGAGCUUGAUUAUGGAAGUCCGUUCUCUCCUAUAGAAGCAUAGGCGAUUUUCUGCAUUUAUCUCUUUAUCCUUUGCCUUAGACCUCACAAUGCGUCAACAGAAUGCGGGACAACGAUCUCGUCGGCAAACUGUCCCUUCCCGUCCGCCUCUCGAGCUAGCUCGAGAGAAGACCAGGGAGGCAGUACCCGAUGGCUUGUAUUCAAUUGGGGACAUCCAGAAUGAGCUUGAAUUUACCCAAUGGUACAAUGAAGUGGAAGACAGUUUGCUCGAGGCUAGCUACGACGAGUACCAAGCCUGCCUUCAUGAGCUUCAAAUGUCAAAAUCACACCUUGAUACCCUGCUAUCGGAUACCUCUUCUACUCUCAACCUAUUGUCAACCCUGUCCAAAGACUUUCAAGCAGUAGAAUCGCAAACGUCCAAUUUUCAGAAACAGUGCGAAGGGCUCCUCUCUGCUCAGAACCGUGACUUGGAACUAGCUACAGAUAUCCAGGAUAAUCUUCAAUACUAUGACUUCCUGGAUCCUGCUUCUAGGAGACUUAAUGCUCCGGGUGCUGGUAAUACGGUUCGCGGCCAAGACUUCUCAGAUAUGCUACGGCGGCUUGACGAAUGCUUGGACUAUAUGGAAAUACAUGCGGACCAAAAAGAGGCGAGUGUAUAUCGCUCCAGAUAUCGACUCCUUAUGACACGUGCCCUCACGCUCAUUCGAGGACACUUCGUUUCUGCACUCCGAGAUGUAUAUAUCAGUGUGGCCAAGAAGAUAGCAGACAAACAGCUCAAUGACACUACGAUGUCUGCUCUACUUUAUGCGAAGUUCAGAGUCGGCGCGCCUGAGCUCAAACAGAUUGGCCUAGAGAUCCAAAAGAGAGCAGUUCCUCCGCUGGAUCCGGAUCAGGGGACCGAGGCUGAAUACCAAAGCCUUCUUAAUGAACUCCAUGCCAACUACGCAGCUAUACGUAGUAAACUGAUCUUGCCACUCGUGCGCAAGAAGCUCAAUGACAUUGCGCAGGCCCCAAGUACGUCAACAGAUCUGGUCGCUUUCGCUCGUGGUAGUAUCAGCUACAUUCGCGGGUUAUGUUUGGACGAGUUUGAUCUGUGGGGCGAAUGGUUUCACGGACAGGGAGGCGUGUAUGAUUUCCUGGAGACAUUAUGUGAGCCUCUUUACGAUCACCUUCGACCGAGAAUUAUACAUGAAGACAAGAUUGUCCGGCUCUGCCAACUUUGUGCUCUUCUUCAAACCCGUUAUCUAUUCGACCAGGAGGAAGAGACAGAGCCCACGGAUGUUAAUCAACUCGACUUCUCUACAUUAAUUCAACCUGCACUGGAGGACGUUCAAACUCGGCUUGUAUUCCGAGCCCAAGCCUUCCUUCGGGACGAAAUCGAACGAUACAAACCUCACCCUGAAGAUCUUGAUUACCCUGCGCGCAAUCGACAGGCUUCGAUAUCAGUUACAGAAGGCCAGAUCUCGGGCAGAAGGGUUGCAUCUACUGAUGCACUGACGAACCUUCCCAAACCAGCAAAGCAACCCGAAGACAGCGUUGAAUCACCUUCAGAACAAGACUCAAAAUGGGAUUUUGAGUCUCAAGUCUCCCCAGGCAAUUGGUACCCUACAUUGCGGAAAGCCAUCUGGCUUCUGAGCAGGAUCUACCGCCUUGUUAAUUCCACUGUAUUCGACGACUUAGCGCAUCAAAUUGUCCACCAAACCAGCCUUUCUCUCCACCAUGCAAACUCCCUGAUAUCCAGCAAAUCCGUCAUAGACGGGCAACUGUUCCUAAUGAGCCACUUACUCAUCUUAAAGCAACAAAUCGUUGCUUUUGACAUCGAAUACGUCGCCCCAGAAGUCUCACUCGACUUCUCAGGCGUCACGAACACAUUCUGGGAAUUACGUGAGAGAGGCGGCCUUUUCAACCCCCGUAACCUGAUGCGCCUCGUCGGCCAUGGCCUACUACCCCGAGUCGUGGAGAACAUGUUAGACGCAAAGGUAGAAUUAGAUGGGCGCCUUAGAACCGUUAUUAACGACUUUAUCAACGGAUUCGCCACUACAGUGACGGCCUCCCUUCCAGCCAAGUUCGUCGAUACCCGGAACCUGCAGCGCGGGGAGCUGAUCUACCCCACAUGUCGAAAUAUAGAGAAAGAAGUUCCGAAUCUCCGGAAGAUUCUCGGCGACUACCUCGAUGAUGCUCGCAUGGAGGAGACACUAGUAGGCGCCGUGCAGGAACGCGUUAUCCAGAUAUAUGAAGAAUUCUAUGACAAGUACACCUCUUCGGAGAAGAGCAAGGGGCAUUCCGUGAGCACAAAGGGCAAGGGGCGCGAAGAUGCUGUGUGGGAUGUAGAUACCUUUGCAGAGUGGUGUGAGAGUGUCUUUCGAGUUGGCAUCUCCGGAGAUGACGAUGAUGCAGCUACGAGCCGAAGUAGGAGCGGCAGUCUAGAGUCUUAGAACCGGUAGCCGGGUCCGUCCUUUGGACAGCUACCGAGAUACUAAUUGUAUAUACGAAGGCCUCUUUAUACAGGAGAGAUGCUCUUAAUACAAUGUCUAUAUUAGCAGUACUGAGCCAUGUACUAGAUC